AUGAAUCACGGAGAUAUGGAUAUGGGGGAAGACUCUUGUUCUAUGAACAUGCUGUUCACUUGGAACUACAAGAACACAUGCGUUGUGUUCCGUUGGUGGCACAUCAAGAGACUCAGCGACUUACUACUCAGUUUCCUCGCUAUCAUGAUCCUAGGAUACCUAUAUGAAUACAUGAGAUACUACAUCCACAAAUCCCUGGCAAAUAGAGGCUCUCAAACCACUAAUGUCGACCGCAGAAGGAACAAGCUCUACAACAGCUGCUUAUACGGAUUGCAGGUGGGUUACUCGUUCAUGCUAAUGCUCGUUUUCAUGACAUACAAUGGAUGGCUUAUGAUCGCCGUUGUGUUGGGAGCCAUAUGGGGCCACUACUCCUGGGGCUCGCAUGUCAAGACACUAGCGGAAGAUAUCCCAGCCAUGGCCUGCCACUGA